AUGGUCGUCCUCCACGCAACGAAUCUCACAGAGUUUACGAACCUCCUCUCAUCAAACACAUACCUCGUCGCCGACUUCUACGCAGACUGGUGCGGCCCCUGCCACGCUAUCAAACCGAUAUACGAAUCCCUCUCAAACACGCACGGCCAGCCAGGCUCCCUUGUCUUCGUUAAAGUAAACGUCGACUCCGCUCAGGAUAUCGCCCGACGCUAUGGCGUGACCGCGAUGCCGACCUUCAUGUUCUUCGAAAAUGGCCAGCCCUACAACGGCGGACGGAGCGUCAUCCGCGGCGCCGAUCCCAGGAGCUUGCAGACCACCGUUCAGGAGCUGGGUGGGCUGGCCAGGAGGAAAGCCGCCGCAGCCGCCGAGAAGGACGUCAAGCCUGAUGAUGGUUCCACUGUCUCUGGCGGCUACACCCUCGGCGGCAACACGGGCCCGAGGUCGGACUGGAAAAUGUCCUUGAGGGGGUGA